CCUAUGUAUAGCUUUACUCUCUCCGCACGGUUUAUCAUGGCGUAUCCCUCACGCGCUCUGCCUCAUCUUCAUCACACGAAGCUUGUCCUUCGCUGCAGAAUGUCUUCCUCUUCCUCUUCCUCUCUCGCUCAUUCCAUCGAGCUUCCGAGCCAACCCACCGAGCCCGUCCUUGUCGCUGCGGCGGCGGGAGUCUCUUCCUCUGAUUUCAGGAAUGCGAUUGAUUCAUCUAUGUUUAAGAAUUGGCUGAGAAACUUGGAAUCAGAGACUGGGAUUUUAGCUGAUGGGACAGUGACGUUAAAGCAAGUUCUUAUUCAGGGAGUUGAUAUGUUCGGAAAAAGAAUUGGAUUUCUCAAAUUCAAAGCGGAUAUUUUCGACAAGGAAACUAAUCAGAAGGUUCCAGGUAUUGUAUUUGCACGAGGACCGGCUGUAGCCGUGCUCAUUCUCUUGGAGUCCAAUGGUGAGACUUAUGCCGUUCUCACUGAGCAGGUUCGGGUUCCUACCGGGAAGAUUGUUCUUGAACUACCUGCUGGGAUGUUGGAUGACGAUGAAGGUGAUUUUGUAGGAACUGCAGUUCGAGAGGUCGAAGAGGAGAUAGGUAUAAAACUGAAAAAAGAAGACAUGGUUGAUCUCACGGCUUUCCUUGACCCAUCCACAGGCCACCGCGUCUUCCCUUCUCCCGGAGGCUGUGAUGAAGAAAUGAGCGUGUUUCUGUACAGAAGGCAAGUGGAACAAGAGACAAUCAGGCAGCUACAAGGUAAAGAGACAGGACUCCGAGAACACGGCGAGUUCAUCAAAGUCCGACUCGUCCCAUACAGAGAGCUCUGGCGCAAAACAGCUGAUGCUAAGGUUCUUAUAAGCAUUGGUCUCUACGAAAUGGCUCAGAGAGAGGGCCUCGUGCCCAGACACUGAACUACUGAAGCCAAACUCUGUUUCUCAUAAUCUGAGAGUCUGAACUGAAAGAUAUGAUAACUAGAUGCAAAUUUAAUUUAUGUUUAAAUCUCUCUUUUUUUUUUUUCUUUUUGUUCUAAAAAAUAGUUUUGGAUUAAUUGGUCAAGCAAUUAGGUAAACCGAAGAAAGUGAAGUUAAGUUGGUUUGGUUUUGACUGUCGCUCAGUAGAAGAAAUUCAGGUUUAGUAACGUUGUAAUUUAAC